AUGGGUUUGUCUAGUUCAAAAAAUAAAAAUAAAUAUUUACUACGUCAAAAACCGUUUUUACCCGAUUCUGGUCGACGUUCACCAAGAAUAAGACCAUAUUCGAGAUCUAUUGGACCACAAAUCGAUUACAAUUAUUUAGAACAGCCAUCGUCAACUCAUAGAAAUGCACAGUCAUAUUAUUCAUAUAGUCAAAUACCAAUUAUUCCCUACUCUCAACUAGCUUAUCGUCAAACAGGAUGUCCAGUACCCAUUUAUCCAUCACCAAUGCUAACUGGACCAAUAGGUUCGGUACCAAUGUAUCCACAAUUAUUACCCCAAUCAUUUAUGCCCUACGGUACUCCGAUUACGCCUGUCCAAUCACCGUUUUCGAUGUAUCAACCAUUUUUACAAUCUCCCGCUCAGUCAUUUCCUCAAAUAAUACAACCACAACAACCACUAAUUUUUGGUAGAAGUCCAGUGAUGAUGAUGGCCCCGUCUGCAUUACCUUUUCAGUUUCCAUAUCAAUUUCAAGGACAAUCUUCACCUGUUAUUCAACCAAUGCCGGUCUACAAUCCAGUACCGCAACAGGCUCAACAACAACAACCACAGCAACAGUUCGUACCAAUAGUAACCGAUUGGACAGGUGGAGGGCAAAUUUCACCCGGUUUUCUUGGACCACCGCUUUAG